CUACUCGCAUCCUUCCCAGUCAGCUGGAAGUGAGAUGCGUUGAAAUGUACGUGGCUGCUGGGAAAAGUCCGAGCCAAGAGCUCAUGUGGUUGUGGGCCCAGCAGAAUAAAACCGUAGGGGAUCUGCUGAAGGUUCUGGAUGAGAUGGGUCACGCUCGAGCCAGGAGUCUUUUCCAAUCACAAGACUCCUGCAUGCUGAAGUCAUCCUCGCCCACUCUCUUUGCCACGCAUCUGCCAAACACUGAGGGAUCCUGUCAAAUCUCACCUCUUAAUCCAGUGUCUGUUUCUGUUAAAGGUGAAAAACAGAAGUAUUUCAUCACAUAUAAUGACGUCAUAGAGGGAACGAGACAUUUCCACCAGGACUUAAAAAUCGGAGCAAGUGCAUUCACCGAGGUCUACUGCGGAAAAUGGGGAAACGGGUCUUUUGCUGUGAAAGUUUUUAAACAGGGAAACAAAGCUAAUUGGAAGGCAUUGUGGGAAAAAUUCACCAAAGAAAUUGAAGUUCUACAACUCUACCAGCAUCCUAAUAUCUUGGAGCUAUGGGGCAGCUUUUCAGAAGCAGAUCUCUUCUGUUUAGUUUAUCCGUACCUUCAUAACGGAUCACUGUUCCACAGGCUUCAUGAGGAAGUUCAGAGGCCUCUAUCAUGGCAGGAAAGGCUGAACAUCAUCAAAGGCACCGCAAAGGCAGUCAACCAUCUACACACUGCACAACCGUGCAUGGUUAUUUGUGGAAACAUUACGAGUUCAAACAUACUCCUGGAUGAGCACCUGCAGCCCAAAUUAUCAGAUUUUGGAUUAGCUUGUCUUAGACCUCACUCUGUCGACCAGAGCUGCACUAUAGUCUUGGAUACCGCUUCUCAUAGCAACCUUUGCUAUCUCCCAGAGGAGUACAUCCGUGAUGGCAAGCUGUCAGUCAAACUUGACGUGUACAGCCUUGGCAUGGUUAUAUUAGAGACAUGUACUGGACAGAAGGUGAAACAAGAGUCAGGAAAAAGCCUGUUUUUGAGAGAUGUACUGCAUUCAGAGUUUGAGGAAAAAGGCUCGGUGGAUGCCUGUCUGCGGUUUUUAGAUCCCAAAGUUGAGCACUGGCCUGCUGCUGUGGCACUUUGUGUGCUCCGAAUCGGAUUAGAGUGCACAGGCAGCAAAAUGCGAGUCAGGCCGAGCAUGGAAAUGGUGCUUCAGAGACUAAACCAACUUCUUCCCAUGCCUGCAUUGCCUGAGGAGCAGCCGCACACUCUAGAUGAUACAGUCCCUCUUCAGCAGCCAUACAAUGGCCACAGUCCACGUCUAAGCUUCCCCAUUGAAGUUCAUGAACUUUACAGCCCACUGGAGGAACCGCAACCUCACAGAGUUCCCAAUCUGGCAGAACCGUGCGAAUGCAGCCAGUCUGAGGUCACUUUCUUGAGUGUUGGAGAUCCC